UGCCAUUCCUUCACUGCAAUUAUCAUUACCAUCCUUUGAAAUUCUUUCCAUUCUUUGACACCGAUGAUUACAGUUGUCUGCAACUAGUCUGCAAUGCGCUGAAACUUCGCGGCCUCACGUUCAUAGACGUCGAAGAUCCAGCAAAGUUAUUUGCAAUUCCGUGGCCACAAAUCACUCGCUGUAGUAGCUCCCAUGCCUAUCGGGACGGAAAUCCAGGGCCCGACCCCUCCAGGUUCCUGGACGUCCUCAGAUUGAUGACGAAUUUGACAAGUUGCGACUUCGUCUGUGAAGGCUGCUCAAUCGAAUUCGAAACUGAACAGGUUGCAUGCACUAAGCUACAAGAAUUUUCAUUGACAUCGUGGGCAUAUAACGAAACUUACAUACCCCAACUAUUCAGCGGACUUACACCACCAUCUCUCUCUCGGUUGCGGGCCAAGUGUUCAAUGGGGCCGGGGCCAGAAAAUGAAGACACCUUUAGUUCCAUCCGACAUGCCAUCAAUGUGUCCCAGAGCCCUCUAACCGUUCUUGAAUUCGAACAUUGUCUCAUCACAGAAGAAGACCUCCUCUCCGUUCUUCGAACUAUGCCUACUCUAGAGCACUUGAAGCUCAUCAAUAUCGGUCCCGAUGCGAUCACCGACCAGACAUUAGAUGAGCUCAUGGUUAGACCAAACGAAAAUUCCCUUAUGCCCCGACUAACGUCCGCCUGUACUGUGUUAUAUCAUCCCCACCUCCGUUGGCUCCAAUAACAAGGCAGACUCGUUCACUAUGAUAGCGUUAUUCGAGGGGCAGAGGUUGUCCGAGAGAAACUUAACUCUCUAGGGAAUAUAAU